UCGAGGGCGAGCUGAAGGAAGCGGCAACAUCUCGCCCAAGACCGAAUCAGUUACAGUAGAGAAGAUUCACAAGUGAGCUACACUGAUAAGCAAACGGGCUCAAGAAGAAGAAGAAGAAGAAGAAGAAGAAACAUGCUUUGGAGGAUACACUUGUUAGAAUGCACCUGUACAGACUUGUAAAUGCCACAGUUUGUGGGACAUAUUUCUCCAUCGAGGAAACACGGCACGAGGAAUCCAUCCAUCCAGCGGCAAGUCACACACGAACGGGGCGGAGAGGGAGAAAGGGAAGCUCCUACAAGAGCACGAGUGGGCAAUCUGCGCACUUCACAUCUGGACUGACUUGACUCAGGGGGGAAAUGGCUCUUCAAACAACAAGAAUACCAGAGCUGAACACCACAGUUGAAAACCACACAGUCAUAGAAGAAAAGAGCUGCAUCGAUCCCGACCUUUGGAAUGCGCUCACCAGCAGCCAGCCCAUCUACUUGGGGGUCAUCACCGUGCUGGGAGUGGUCUUGAACGUCUUCGUGCUGCUGGUGUUCUGCCUGCACAAGAAGGCGUGCACGGUGGCCGAGAUCUACCUGAGCAACCUGGCGGCCGCCGACCUCCUCGUGGUGUGCUGCCUUUCCUUUUGGGUCGUCAACAUCGCCGAGAAUUUCAACUGGCCUUUCGGUGUGGCCAUGUGCAAAGUGGUCAACACGGGCAUCAAGAUGAACGUUUACAGCAGCAUCUACUUCCUGGUUCUGGUGAGCAUGGAUCGUUACGUGGCGCUGGUUCACCCGAUGUCGCACGGGAGAAUGCGUCGACCCAAGUAUGCCAAACUGGGCUGUCUGCUGGUGUGGGGUUUCGGCUUGCUCCUGAGCGCCCCGACGCUGGUCUUCAGGGUGGUGAAGUAUUUCCCCGAGUACGACGUGCACGCCUGCGUCCUCGAUUUCCCAAGCCGCGGCGUAAUGCUGCUCUGCGAUGCGAUGCUAAUUAUCUUCAGCUUCGUCAUCCCGAUCCCCAUCAUCUCAUUCUGCACCGUCAAGAUCAUCCAGGCGUUAAGCAAGCGGACGAUAGAGAGGUUCAACGCUGAGAAGACUGAGCAGAAGGCCACCAAGCUGGUGUUGGUCAUCCUGUUUGCCUUCCUCAUCUGCUGGAUACCGUUUCACAUCGUCACAGUGCUGGAUGUGCUAAUAAAGGCCCGUGUGAUGCUAGGGUGUCACCUGGAAGCAGCCAUAGACAUUUGCAAACAGAUCUUUGACUACUUGGCCUUCUUCAACAGUAUCAUCAACCCCGUCUUGUAUGUCAUCGUUGGGAAAAACUUCCGGAAAAAGGCUCAGGAAGUGUGCAAGCACUGGCGCCUCAGUAGCACAGCGACAGCGUCCACUCAUUCAAACACUUCUGCGACACUGAGGACAUUUAAAUAAAAAUCAAAUCAGCCAGGGGGGAGGACUCUCCUUGUCAUAGUGGGGUGGCGAUGGCAUCCAUAAACACAUUCUCAUCUAAGCCCAAACCAGAGGUAUUUUUAUAUGAAAAUACCUUAGCGGGGCUCCAACUACUUACAACGUAGAUAGCAUACAUACAAUAUGUUCUCCUUCUUUCUAACUAGAAGGAAAACUCCAAUUUCUAAUCCGAGGGCAACGUGCUAGCCUCAAAAUGAUUGAUUGUAAAACUGAAUCGAGAUCUUUGAUAGCAAGGACCGCAACGUUGAACAACAGCAUUGCUUGGAUGAUUUUUCACAAUCACAAAUAGGGAUGAAAGGGUUUACCGAGAAACAGCGGUAUUACAUUUCUAAUCAUCGAUACUACCGUGUUUAGCAUCUCCGAGAGAAUAGAAGUUGUUUCGAGCCAUCGGGUGGGCACCGCAACAGCAAACAAACUGAGAAAGAGGAAAGACGCGAACUGCAGAAGAAGAGCAUGUGACUGAAACAGAAGACGAAAAAAUAUCUCUUGUCUUGACGGGUGCUCAAUUUUUGCUAGGCAGAAUUAGUUGGACACAGUUAUUCCUGCCUCAAAGUCCUUUUUUUUUUUUUUUUUUUUUUAAUGUUCAUGUGUCUAUAAGACGUAGUAGUUUCUUGGAGAGCUGGGGGGUAGAGGGGUCGUUAUAAAACCCAGCACAAAAAGGACAGGGCGCAAUGGCCAGAUUAGAAACCAAAUGCGGAAAUGACUGCAAAAAAAAAAAAAAUAGUUCCAUGGCAAUUGAGAAAAGUUAUCGAGUACAUUUUAAGGGAAAUAAACUAUUAUUCCUCACUUUUUUUGUAAAAACACUGUAAAAUCCAGUUUUGUUGCCCGCAUGAGCAUGCUAAUGACCUGCUGUGACCUAAUCGUAAAAUCUGCUUCGUUCAUACAAAGUCAGUUGAUUAAAUACAAAGUCAAAGGUCUGCAAUCAUUUCAACUUUAACUGUCGCAGAAGUCCCCGUCAUUUUAUUUUAACACAUUUAAACAUUUGAACAGACAAGAAUGAAUGACUCACUGUCUACUGACCAAGUUUCCAAUGGUGACGCCCCAUCACGCUGCUUUUUUCUU